AUGAGUUCAAAGACCAGUAUAGCUCCAAGAGUAUAUGGAUCUCCUAUUGCCAUAGCUGGUGCAUCACCUCCAGCUACUGUAUCUACUCCAUCUGGCGCAACACCAAGACCUAUAGCCUCAAAUCUUAUAAAGCCUGGUGCUACUCCUCCUUCAACUGCCAGCAGUCCAGCUGAAUCUAUCGGUGCUCAAAGUCCACCCGUAAUGAAUUCUCCUGCUUUUUCACAAAUUAUAACUUCCAAAGAAUGGGUUUUACCUCCAAGACCUAAACCAGGUAGAAAACCAAGUGUUGAUACUCCUGCUAGUAAACGCAAGGCACAAAAUAGAGCUGCUCAAAGAGCUUUUAGAGAAAGAAGAGCAACUAGAGUUCAAGAGUUAGAGGAAAAGUUAAUGGAACAAGAGAAGGAAAAAGAAGUGAAAGAAUUAUCUUUAAUUAAUACGAUAAAUAAAUUAAAACAAGAAAAUCAAUUCUUAAUCAAAAGUUUAGAAUCUAUAAAAACUGAAAUAACUUCCAUCAAAUCAAACCAAUCUAAAAGUAAUACCCCUCAACAACAAAGGACUCCAUCUUCACAACAAUUACAACCUCAACCUUCAGAACCUCAAUCAACUACCACGACUACCAAUAAUCAAAGAACUUUUAAAGCUACAUUCUCCUUAGGUGGUGGUGGUGCCAGUUCACAUAAUUCUCCUAUAAACCAAGUGGUAAGUUCGCCUGCUGGUUCAAUCUACUCCAUUCAACAACAAAUAUCACCGGCUCCAUCGGCUGAUUCACCACCAGGCUCAAAUUAUUCUCAAACUUCAUAUGUGAGAAGAAAAUCAUCUACCAAUAAUAUUCCAACCUCUAGAAGGAUUGAUACUAAUAACUUUGAUUGUGGAGUUUGUUUAAAGGAUGAAUGUCUUUGUGAGGCGAUUGGAAUAAAGGAAUCAAAAUCAGAAGAAACUAAACAACAAGAGAUUGAAAGUCAAAAGAUUCUUGAUGAAAAAUUAAAGAGUUUUAAACCUAUGGCUGCAGUUUCUUUGGGUGGUAGUAAGAAAAGAUCUAUAAAUUCGGUCAAUCAAGAAACAGAUUUUACCGACAAGUUCAAGUUUGUAAAGAAGGUUCCAGACUUGAAAAAAUUAAAGAGUGUGAGGUCUCCUCAUCAUGGUCAUAACCAUAAUCAAACUGCUCAAGCUACCCAAACCAAUCAAAACUUUGAUUUCAAUGAAAAUUCUCCAGUGGAGAACUGUGGUUUCUGUUCUGAUGAUACUCCUUGUGUGUGUAGAGAAGCUGCGAAAGAAGCUGCCAUAUUAAGUAAUAACUUAAAUCAACAGACUGUGGAAGUUGAUAAUGAUAACAUUGAGGUAGAAGAACAUAAGGCAUUACCACCACUUCAAAAUAUAAACAUGAAUAACGGAUUCAGAAAAUCUUCAUUACCAGUAAUGCAUCCUGGUCCAUCAGUUGAAAUCAGUAAUAUCACAAAUCUAACUCCUGGUGCGGUUCCAAAUGUUGUCACUCCUACCACAAGAAGAUCUGAUUCAGUAGCUAAUAGUGCAUCAUCAACAGAUUUAAUCACCUUAUCUACCGCUGCUGCUGCAUCUACAUCUGAUAAUAAUGAUAAUAGUGGGUGUACUGGGAAUCCUGGUACUUGUAAACAAUGUCAGACCGACCCAUUACUGACAUUGUUCUGUACCACUGUUGCUAAUAAAGAUAAAAAUUUAUCUAAAAUCAUAAAUCAAAGCUCAUUGUCAAGGUCCAAUUCCAGAACUAAUCUACCAUCAUUCAAUGAAUUGUCUACCAAUCAAUCAAGUACUGCUCCAUCUACUCCAAAUAUGUUACCAUCAACCCCAGGUCCAUCAUCAUUAUCAUCAUCAGUAUCAGCAUCAGGUACUUCCAAUAUAUUCAUCCCCUGUGCUGAUGCGUACAAAACCCUUUCACGUCAUAAGAAUUUCAAUUCAGCAGAUUUCAGUACUAUGGUGGGAAAAUUAACCACAAGAGGUAUGCAAGUGGAAGUACAAUCCGUGGCUAAUGUCCUUAGAGAGUUGGAUCGUAGGUUAUAUAGUUAA